AUGGCACGAGUCCAGCGAGCCAAUCUCACUGAGAAACACAUUCCAAUCUAUAUGGGCGCCACAGAAUCACUCAUUCGUCGGCCAUUCGUGAUGAACCCGUUCUUCGGAAUCGAUGGUAUUGGUGAUCGACCAGAUCUUUUUCCGGAGGCCUCUCCUAAAGAUUUCACAAUACAUGAGGAUGAAUCGGCUGCACUGGCGCUCAUUCGUCUGACAAAGGAGCACGAUGACGUCACUUUGGUCUGCAUAGGACCGCUAACGAACGUCGCGCUGGCUUACAAACUGGACAGAAAGUUCGCCAAACGACUGAAAAAAUUGGUUAUCCUUGGAGGGAACUACUUU